AUGCCCUCUGAGCUCCAGGAGCGUCACCUGACCUCCAGCUGUGGCUCCUACAUCAAGACCGAGCCCUCCUCCCCCUCCUCCUCAUUGGUUGACACCAUCAGCCACCACAGCCCCUCGGCCAAUAGCGACGCCAGCGGCGGCUACAUCAACGUAAACAACCUCAACAGACGCUCGCACGUCCUCGACUCCCCGCCCAUGUUCAACCCGGGCAUGCUGGGAGGGGACGGAGCCUGUCUCCGGCGGUAUGACGACUGCGGAGGGGGCGUGGUGGAUGAUUCGUCAGUCAAGUGCGAGUAUAUGUUGAAUGCGAUUCCGAAGAGGGUGUGUCUGGUGUGCGGGGAUAUCGCAUCAGGUUACCACUACGGGGUCGCCUCCUGUGAGGCCUGUAAAGCCUUCUUCAAAAGGACCAUACAAGGUAUGUUACCACUCCACUCCCUCCCUUACUCACUCCCUCUCUCACUCCCUCCCUUACUCACUCCCUCCUUCACUCACUCACCACGUUUCACCUCGCAUAGUCCCUAAAAGUUGAAUGAUUCUAUGUGUCUCAGUAGUUGCCAGGUUCCUGGGUACCAGUCUAUACUAAAACAGUUGGUUUGGAUAAAAGUGUCUGCUAAAUGGCAUUUUUAUUUCUAUUUUGUUUUUUAGUCAGCAGACGCUCUAAUCCAGAGCAACAUACAAGUAAGUAAGACGACCUCAUUUCAUGAUCAUUGCAAGUUUUACACCUUUGAAUGUUUAAAAAUAAAUUCAGACUUGAUUUUUUCCUUACAAGAAAUACAUCAACCCCUACAAAAAUGCCCAUUAAUUAUAAUCCACAUAAUAAUUCAAAUUUCCUGUAGCUGCAGGAUUCUGUUCCAGCUGUAGCAAACUCGCUCAAAUUAAGAUCCUACAUCUGUAGUUGAAAUGCUACUGAUCUACAGAGCAUCUACAGAUGGAGGAUUUUAUUUUUAUUUAUUAUUAAUGACGGUAGGGGAGUCAUACCGUGUUGCUAGGAGAGUCAUACCGUGUUGCUAGGAGAGUCAUACCGUGUUGCUAGGGGAGUCAUACCGUGUUGCUAGGGGAGUCAUACCGUGUUGCUAGGGGAGUCAUACCGUGUUGCUAGGGGAGUCAUACCGUGUUGCUAGGGGAGUCAUACCGUGUUGCUAGGGGAGUCAUACCGUGUUGCUAGGGGAGUCAUACCGUGUUGCUAGGGGAGUCAUACCGUGUUGCUAGGGGAGUCAUACCGUGUUGCUAGGGGAGUCAUACCGUGUUGCUAGGGGAGUCAUACCGUGUUGCUAGGGGAGUCAUACCGUGUUGCUAGGGGAGUCAUACCGUGUUGCUAGGGGAGUCAUACCGUGUUGCUAGGGGAGUCAUACCGUGUGGUGGUGAAUAUUCAUGUUUACCCAGGGCAUUAAGCCACCCUCACUCUAAAUAUGCUGGGGUAUGAUGGUGAUGUUAGCCUUGUAUGUGUGUGUGUGUGUGUGUCUGUGUGUGUGUGUCUGUGUGUGUGUGUGUGUGUGUGUGUGUGUGUGUCUGUGUGGGUGGGUGUGUGUGUGUGUGUGUGUGUGUGUGUGUGUGUGUGUGUGUGUGUGUGUGUGUGUGUGUGUGUGUGUGUGUGUGUGUGUGUGUGUGUGUGUGUGUGUGUGUGUGUGGUGUGUGUCUGUGUGUGUGCGUCUGUGUGUGUGUGUGUGUCUGUGUGUGUGUGUGUGUGUGUGUGUGUGUGUGUGUGUGUGUGUGUGUGUGUGUGUGUGUGUGUGUGUGUGUGUGUGUGUGUGUGUGUGUGUGUGCAUGCGCGUGCGUCUGUCUGUGUGCGCGUGCGUCUGUGUGUGUGUGUGUGUGCGCGUGCGUCUGUGUGUGUGUGUGUGCGUCUGUGUGUGGUGGUGGUGCGCGUGCGUCUGUGUGUGUGUGUGUGUGCGCGUGCGUCUGUGUGUGUGUGUGUGCGCGUGCGUCUGUGUGUGUGUGUGUGUGUGUGUGUGUGUUGGUGGUGCGCGGGUCAGUUGUUUUAUUCACCCACACCCACCCGCUAUUUCUAAUAACCCACCCGCAACCGCAUGACUAUAUGUGAUAAAGUGAAAAUCUUUGGCCCGCACUCGACCCUGACCCUCUAAUAUAGAACAUGCCCUGUAUGCCCCACCGGCUCUCACAGUCUCACGUCAGAAUUAGACGUUAAGCCAUGUUUCUUAAACAUCAAAUUUCGAAGUUGCUGCAAACAUCAAAUUUCAAAGUGUUUAAGGUUAAGGGUUAACUCCGAAAAUCUUAAUGUUAGGCAUUAACCCCGAAUUGUUAAGGUAAAGGUUUGGGAUGUGCUUAAAAAUUACUUCUCUAAAACAACUUUCUAUAGCUGGAUUUAAACUUGCAACCUUUGGUAUCAGAGGCAGAUGCUUAUCAUCACACACAACACGCGUGUCCAAUUUUAAGAAGAAAAAAUUGUGGAAAUGGGCGGGGUUUAGCCAUAAUUAUGACUUUGUGGCUGUGUUAACUAGUGACAACCAGGGGGAAAUGUUUCUGCUAGCAAAGGACGUAGCCUGACGACAAAUACUUCACUCAGUAUGACCACUCCCAUAGAAUUCUAUGGUCACUCCCACGAAGGCCAACUGUGAAUGGUUGAUAUCCCAGGCUUAUAGCCCAGGUUCAAUAGCCUGGCGACGACGUCACACCAAGAAACACGCGUUCCUCUGUACAUAAACACGCACACAACAAUAUAACAAGCCAUACCGUGGGGUGCUGGGUCCAGUCAGGUCUUUAGUAACAAUAUAACAAGCCAUACCGUGGGGUGCUGGGUCCAGUCAGGUCUUUGACAACAAUAUAACAAGCCAUACCGUGGGGUGCUGGGUCCAGUCAGGUCUUUGACAACAAUAUAACAAGCCAUACCGUGGGGUGCUGGGUCCAAUCAGGUCUUUAGUAACAAUAUAACAAGCCAUACCGUGGGGUGCAGGGCCCAAUCUGGUCUUUGACACAUUCACCCACUCCCCCGCUGAAAGGACAGAAACAAAAUGUUGGCACCAUUGUAACAGGUGGUAAUCAAGCCCUGGUCUCCAUGGGAACAGAAGAGGAAUACCUGGUGAGGUAGUCUCAGGCUGGACUACUCCAAAUCAUCUUGGCACUGAAACAAACACACAAGCAAGCUUUGCAGGUCCAUCAACCCAUUUAAAUACCUCUCACACCCUACAGUAACCUGUGGAUCAUGAGAGAACCUUCCUAAAUCAGCAGGACAUCAAAACCUUUUAAGGGUCGGACCCUUUUUUUCAAUUUUCGCCUAAAAUGACAUUCCCAAAUCUAACUGCCUGUAGCUCAGGACCUAAAGCAGAUAUGCAUAUUCUUGAUACCAUUUGAAAGGAAACACUUUGAGGUUUGUGGAAAUGUGAAAUUAAUGUAGGAGAAUAUAACACAUUAGAUCUGGUAAAAGAUAAUACAAACCAAAAAACAUGUUUUUUUUAUUUUUAUAUCAUCUUUGAAAUACAAGAGAAAGGCCCCAAUAUAAUAUUGCAGUUUAGGCACAAUUUAGAUGUUGGCCACUAGAUGGCAGCAGUGUGUGUGCAAAGUUUCAGAAAGAGUCAGUGAAGCAUUGCAAUACUGGACUAUUUUGUGUCAAAUCUGCCCAAAUAUGCCGAAUUGGUCAAUUGAUACAUUUUCAAGUACAUAACUAUAGAGAACAUUCCCAGGAAUGUCAUACAUGAUGGAUCAUUAGCUUAUACACUAACUUUCACACAUCUAGAUCGCCGGGCGGGGUGGGUGUGGAGCCAGAGACAGCAGGGGUUCAAACUGUAGAACUCAGUUCCUACAUUUGAAUAUAAAAAUGGAUUUUAUCAAACAAAACUAUGCUACAUUUUAUCUCUGGGACCCUUAGGAUGACAAAUCAGAGCAAGAUUCCUGAAUGUAAGUACAUUAUUUACCUUCAGAGGUGAAUGUAUCAAACCAGUUGCCGUGAUACGUUUUUUGUUGUUGUGCACUAUCCUCAAACAAUAGCAUGGUAUUUUUUCACUGUAAUAGCUACUGUAAAUUGGACAGUGCAGUUAGAUUAACAAGAAUUUCAGCUUUCUGCCCAUAUAAGACAUGUCUAUGUCCUGGAAAGUUUGCUGUCACCUACAACAGUCAUGCUAAUCACAUUAGCGCACGUUAGCUCAACCGUCCCGUAUACGAGACACCGAUCCCGUAGAGGGUUACAACCUAUUUAUUGACUCUUUAUGUAGUGUCCUGUAAUACUUAGUUUGAAGUGAGACACCUUUGAUCAUUCAUAACACAUCCAUAACGACUCUAUAUCGCAAGACGCUGUACUUACUAUAAGGUCAGACCCCUUUGAUCAUUCAUAAGACACACAUAAAGGCUUAAUAAUGUAAACACAAAUGUAUUAACACUUAGAGAAUUAUCACUAACAGCUUCAACAUAAAAACAUGUUUAAACCAUACAUCUCCUUUUAUUUUCUACAUAAAACAAUACAAAUACAUUGUUUAAAAAAGUCCAGCAAUGCAAUACCUGGGGCGGCAGGUAGCUUAGUGGGUAAGAGCGUUGUGCCAGUAACCGAAAGGUCGCUGGUUCUAAUCCCCGAGCCGACUAGGUGAAAAAUCUGUCGAUGUGCCCUUAAGCAAGGCACUUAACCCUAAUUGCUCCUGUAAGUCGCUCUGGAUAAGAGCGUCUGCUAAAUGACGUAAAUGUAAAUGUAAUUACAUUGAAUAUUACACAGGGCUGUGAAUAGUGCAGCUUGUUCCUGAGCUGGUGGAUGAAUGGUUCUUGCCUCUCUGCCUGCUGGAAGCACAGUAGGUUGGUUCCAACCUUGAAAGUAACAACAAAGAAAGUUAGCAGGUCUGUCAGGAAAUGCCUUUGUCUCACUAUCUGGACAAGGACCUUUCUGUGCUGGGCCAGAAUUACUCUAAAUGGGGAGAUUAGAUUCCAUUAGAUUAAUUUUAUUAUAUUCCUCUUUCAUUUACAAGUCAUAUGAUGUGACUAUGAGAUGUGGCUGUAGGGGGAAUUGUAUUUAGCUGAGCCUGCUAGCUAGCUAGCUAAAUUACAUUAGCUAGCUGACUAGCAAUUGCUGUGAAUUCACCUGAAUUAUUUGAAAUAAUGAUUGAGGUAGCUAUGUAAUCUAACUCAAUACUUAACUACCAGAAUUACAAUCAAUAAAGGUUAACUUCCCUACUUUUUGCUGUCCAGUGGCACCAGAAGUGGGCAUUUGAUUUGCCAAACUCAUCACAUGUGGCUUACUGUGAUACGGCAUUGUUGUGAACACAGAAAUCCAAUUUAGUUGUUUUUGUAUUUUUAAAAAGUGUGGGGAAAAAACAGGGAAAACCCCCAAAAAAUGUGGGGGGAAAAUCUAACGUAAUACAAUUUUAGAUACAAUUUUAAGGCAACAAAAUGUGAAGACUGCGCAAGGGGUGUGACUUUCACUAGGCACUGUAAAUGUCACUUGAGUCGGGGACAGAGCCAACACAAUUGAAGAGCACCAGCGGUCCUCUCUCUCUCUCUCCUCUUUGUCCAUCCCCCCCCUUCUUUCUCUCUUCUUCUUCUUCUGCUUUUCUCCUUCCUGGAGGACAGAUCUUAAUGGAACUAAUCUGUCCGUCAUUGGUCCGUCCGACACCACAGGAGGCUCAGUCAAUAACAAUCAGCGUUGUUGGGCCACUGUGA